ACAAAAUAAAAAAUUUCUAAAUUUAUGAUGAAUAAAACGGAUAUACUGGUAAAUUCACUAAGAGCAAUCAAUCGUGAUAAAAAAAAAACAUAGUAUAGUGUUAAACCAUAAUUUUAUUCUUUUUAUGAGCGUUUCAAAAUCCAAACUAAUUAUUUUCAAAAUAAUAAACACUAGAAAAUUGUAAUUGAAAAAUGUUUUUGGUUAUCUCUACUAAUAAAAAGAAUGCAUUGAUCUAUUACAAAAAUUUUAAAACCAAUAUCUGAAAAAAAUUACUCGUUCAUUAAAAAUCUGCUGGCACUUAUGAAUGAGUAGUAAAGCAAAAAUGGAACUAUUUAAUAUUAUUGAAAUAUUUUAAAUGCAAUUGAUUAAAGAAAAAAUUUAAAAAAAAAACAACAAUUUUUUAAAACAUCAAUUUGAGGAUAAAUUAAAUUUUAGGACGAUUUUUUGGAAUUGCCAUAAAAAUUUCAUUUUCUAAAAAAAACUUCUUUGAAACCCUGAGGCAGUAAAAACACUUUUCAUGCAUAAAUUUUUUGCCUUUUCAUCAACUCCUACUCCCUAGAUAACACAAUCUUAAAAAACAAAGUGGUUGUAGUGGUUGAAAUUAGUUCUUUACUAAAACAUGAAUAGUACUUAUUGUUAGUCAGUAUUAUUUCGCCGGGAGCAAAGCUCCAUUCAAAUCAAUUUGCAUCCAAUUGGCGGAGAAAUUAAUUGCAAAAUCGUCGCUCCGUUUCACGCCGGCGGCCACAAGAGGGUGCGAUUAAUCUUGAUACCGAAGAUUUAAAUUGGAAAUUAAUUACAAUUAGCGCGGGCGGCGGCGGCUGCGUGGGGCUGUGCGCAAUUAGAGCGGCGGGCAUAAAUAAUUCAGAGCGCGCCGUGUGUUCUAGUUAAAUUAGCGACGACGCGAGUGAGCGUGCAUAUUAUUAAAAGCAAAGCGUGCGUGGCAACGCUAAUUGCGAUUUUCACACCAAUUUUAUCAGCGCAUCACGCUGCGAGCGAAAUUACAGACCUUGACUCUUGUUUGUCAAAUAUGCGUGUUCCCAUAUCCUUCCGACAAACUUCAACAGGAGCGAGUCUGUAAUUAAAAAAUAAAACAUGCACAACAAAUUUCCAGAAUCCAAUAGCAAGAAAUGGUAAAGAAUGUCUUAUUUUAACUAAAACUUUAAAAGGUGAGAAACCAUGGUGAUUUCGGAGCCACGAUAAAUUUUUGCUUAAUAUUUGUCCCAAAUUAGUAUUUUAAAUUAAUACUGGAUCAAUUUAUUAUUUUUUUUUUCUGUUGUGAAGAAUGUUGCCUGAUAUUCCAAACAAACUACUUAUAAAAGUGAGAAGGCGAUUGUCGAUAUACAAAUUUGUCAUCUUUGAAUAUUCGGUUUCGCCUCGCGCUUCCUCAGGCGACAGGUGAAACGUUCUCGGAAGCAGUCGACGCCGAAAGUGAUAACAGAGCCACAACUUUUAUCACGCACAAUUUUGUUACCGUCAACUUCAACACGUAGGCCAAUUUAACAAAACGCGACAACUGUCCAGCUCUAUAUAUUUAACAAAAAUAUUCUCGCAGUAAAACCACGGGACAGGAAUUUCCUCAAGUUUUUAUAUUAAUUGAACAUUAUUGAAUUAUAUAUUUUACAACUAAUCCACAAUCAACCUUGAUAAAUAAAUGACAUUAAAAUUCUAACACAAUAAAAUAAUACCAAGUCGCACUUUUCUUUCUCGACUGUUUUGCCGCGCAGCGCCGCAUCACCCGGUAGGGAACCCCAUUUCAACGACCCGUAUCGGCCCGAUUUCCGGAUUGGGCCCCGCCGGGCCCGCGCGGCCCAAAUACGUCUUUUCGGCUUUCGCGCUUUACUGCUCGGUACCUACCCGAGCGAGAAGGUUGGCGUGGGCACCGUUCGACGCGCGAUUAAAUUUGCUAAUUAGACGUCAUUGUCCGUUUUUCGCUCACGGCACUCCUUCCCACCUUAAAUUCAGGGUAAUUCUGAAAAUUCGCAAAAAAACGCAUUUUUUUCGCAUUCAAGUGCGAAAACGGCUGACAUAAAAAAAUCCAUAGAAACAGCGGAUCCCAGGGCGUUUUGGCCCGUCUGUGCGCUACAAUUUCCCGGGUAGACUCGAUUUUUCCGAUUUUUUUUGGCGGUAUGGCGGCCCUCCAAAGGGUGAAAAAACCGGUUUUUUUGAGAAAUUACAUUGCAAAAAGUCAAAAAUCGAAAAAAGUACAUCCAGAGAGUUGUGCGCCUUUGCGAGACGCGUCCGAAUCACCAUAGGACCAUGGGUCGCAUUCCCAUAGCAAAAAAGCCUUAGGCUUUUGCGAUUUAUGCAAAACGACCUUCCAAUGCUUUUCUUAUGGGAGAACGGGCGAGCAGACGCCGGCGGCCGCCGCGGCCGUUCCCGUGGUCGGAUUUUCGUUUUUCGCACACCAAAAUGAAGCUAAUUUUUGGGCCGAUUUUUCCAGGGGUCGCCCACACCCGCCGCGGCCGAAUUGCCGAUUUUUCGGCAAAAAAUUUUCUUAUGGGAUUUAGCAUGCGUUUUCGCUCGACGCGAAUCGGGUCGCUCGAGGCGGGCCCACGGCGGCCCACCGGCGGUCCCACGGCCGAAAUUCGUCACCCGCGGCCGAAUUCGGCCACCCGCUGAUGAAAUAUGCACGAACCGCGGGGUUCCGGGGAAUUUUAUUUACACGCGACGCCUCCGAGUUUCGUCCGUCGCUUCGCCAACUCGCGGCCUGUGUUAUUCUUAUGGGGGAAAUAAGCAAACGCCGGAGGCCGCCGCGGCCGUUCUAGUGAACGGAUUUUCGUUUUUUAAACACCAAAAUGAAGCUAAUUUUUGGGCCGAUUUUUCCAGGGGUCGCCCGACCCCACCGGGGCCGAAUUGCCGAUUUUUCGGCAAAAACAUUUUCUUAUGGGAUUUAACAUGGGUUUUCGAUCGGCUCGAAUCGGGUCGCUCGAGGCGGGCCCACGGCGGCCCCCCGGCGGUCCCACGGCCGAAAUUCGUCACCCGCGGCCGAAUUCAGCCGGCCGCUGAUGAAAUGAGCAUGAAUCGCGGAGUUCCGGCGAAUUUUAUUAACACGCGGCGCCUCCGAGUUUCGUCCGUCGCUUCGCUAACUCGCGGCCUGUGUUAUUCUUAUGGGGGAAAAAGCAAACGCGCGAGGCCGCCGCGGCCGUUCUACUGGACGGAUUUUCGAUUUUUAAAAAGCAAAAUGAUGCUAAUUUUUUGGUUGAUUUUUCAAGGGGUCUCCAGGGCCCGCCGGGGCCGAAUUGCCGAAUUUUCGGCAAAAAAAAUUUCUUAUGACUUUUUAACACUCGAUUUCGCUCGACACGACUCAGAUCACUGGAGGCGGGCCCGCGCCGGCCCCAGGACCGAAACUCAUAACCCUUAUUAAUAAUUUUCGAUCAUACAUUUCAUUUUUUACAAAUUCUUUUCCUUAAUACUAUUCCAAUUUUAAUUCAAAUCAUCCUUUUGAUUUAUAAUUGCAUUAUACAUAUACAAAUUAAUUAUUAACAUUAUCUUUGCAAAAUGCAAGUCACACAUUUUCACCCUGCCUGAAAAAAUUCGUUCCCUUCACAUUACAUUUCCCAUACAUUUUAUGCCUUUAUUAAUAGGCCGUCAUCUAAUGCAACCAAGUACGCGGCAUUUCCUAGUUAGCGUUUCCCGCGCUGCAAUUCUGUGCAAGCCCAGACAUAAUUUUUCCGUCUGGAAUCGCCAGACAGCGCGGCGCGUCUCUCCUGCUGCACCCGCGUUCCUUCUCUUUCAGUCCCUCGCGCGCCAAGUGAAAAGUCUUCCGACUGACCCAGUGUCUAGUCCCGCUUUUGUGUGGACAAUUUCGUGCCUUUCGGACAAGUCAGUGACCCGUGCCGUGACCUGUUGUCGUGCCCCUCGCCUGAGCUUCGAUUCGCUGCAAUUAUUCCGCUAAAAUGUAACCAACGGUAAGUUUUUGCUCCAUUUUAAUAUUAGGUCAGCCGGCCCUAAUUCUAUUCUCUCCAGUUUCUGCCGUUUCGCCGCACAUUGUGACCCCUGACCUGAUCACCUCGGUCACCGGACCACUCGCCACCGGCCGACUCAUCUAACAAAGGUUCAUUUUGGAGGGUUUUAAAUAAAAUUCUCAUGCAAGCAACACAUGGGUGACGCCAUUUCUUUCACGUAUCAACCAACAUUAAACCUAAAUUUUAUGUGCUGCACCGAUUUAUAACCACCCUGCUUUGCUUCUAAAUGAUUAUGGACACUUCGUUGUACAUAAUUCUGAAAAAAAUAAUUAAUUUCCACAUCGGCAAGACCAUUAUUUUUUUUAUGUAUGUCGCCCGCUACUAUUCGCCGGCCGCAAAACGUCAUCUUUCGCCUCUUUUUUUGUCAAUUUUCCCAACUAAUUAUCUAUAAUUAUACAUCUCUAUCCCACAAGAGGCAUUAAUUCUGCAUAAAUCUGAUAUAAUAUUUGUAUAAAUCAUGUCGCAAACCAUAUUUUUUUCGUCUUUCUCGCGACGACUUUGUGCAUUCUGCAUCUCGGGCCUCUUUUCGCCGGCCGACAAACGUCAACUUUCGCCUCUUUUUUUAUCAUUUUCCAAAACAAAUUGUCAUUAAUUAUGCAUCUCUGUCCAACCAGAGGCAUUAAUUCUGCAUAAAUCUGAAAUAAUAUUUGUAUAAAUCAUGUCGCAAACCAUAUUUUUUUCGUCUUUCUCGCCACGACUUUGUGCUUUCUGCAUCGCGGGCCUCUUUUCGCCGGCCGAUAAACGUCAACUUUCGCCUCUUUUUUUUAUCAUUUUCCAAAACAAAUUGUCAUUAAUUAUGCAUCUCUGUCCAACCAGAGGCAUUAAUUCUACAUGAAUCUGAAAAAAUGUUUGGAUAAAUCAUGUCGCAAUCCAUAUUUUUUCCAUCUUUCUCGCGGCGACUUAGUGCAUUCUGCAUCGCGGGCCUCUUUUCGCCGGCCGCCAAACGCCAACUUCCGCCCUCUUUUUUUUAUCAAUUUCCCCAACAAAUUAUCUAUCAAUAUGCAUCACUGUCCAUCCACAGACAUUCAUAGUACAUAAAUCUGGAAAAAUGUUUGCAUAACCAGGUUGCAAAAAUCAUUUUUCCCAAAAUUCUCAUGGCGAGUUUUUGCAUUCUGCAUCGCGGGCCACUAAUCGCCUGCCGCAAAACAUCAUCUUUCGCCCUUCUUCCCCCGAAUUUCCGCAUAUAAUAUUAACAACUUAUACAUCACAUUAUAUCCAAGCACAUUAAUUCAGUAUAAAUGUGCAACAAUGUAAUAUUGUCAUUUUUUUAUUUGCUUACUUCCAACUCCUCCAAAGCCCACUUUCAAUGACAUAUUAUUGGAAAAUCCGUUUCAUUCAAAUAAUUCAAUAUAAGAACCAUCAUUCUAACAGGGUCGUACUGCUUGCCUACCAAACCGCUAAAAUUCGCGUUAUUUCCAGGUACACCGGUCUCCAAAUUUCUUUCGAUGUUUCUAUUUUGGAUUUAAAGGUUUGUACUCACAUUACAAUUAUAUUUUUUUACAACUACUAAUAUUUAAAAAUAAUAUUGUUUCUAAUUCUGCCCUUUCAGAGCCCCCUUCCAUUUGUACAUUGAAAUUUUAUUACUUAUAUUAAUUCGCUAAUUUACUCUCGUUUUUCUUCAUUCCACAUUUCAGCAUACCCACUCAGUAACACAAGGAGUGUUGAACUGGGUGUGAUAGUCUUUUAUUAUUAAUGUUGUUUUUACCUUCCCUUUCUCUUUAUCUCCCCGUUUCACAUACCCCCGUCUUAUAUGUAUACAAAUGUUGCCUUACUUUUUAAUGCCCAUUUUUCUUUACAUUUUCCACUUUUCAGCAAACCUUCAAUACACCACAACACGGACUUUUUCUAAAUUUAUAAUUAAUUUCUGAGUUCGCAGUAUGCCGCGAAGAAAGAAAAACAACCUUAAAAGAUAUAAUGACCAAAAAAAGAGUGCAAGUGAGAGUGAGAGUGUCGCCAGUGCUCAAUUCAAGCCACCUCCAAGCCGGGCAGUCUCCGAGGCCAGAAGCAGUGGCUCGAGUCUGGCGUCCACUCGCACAAGCCUGCUGAGUGAGACGAACUCGGUGACGACCCGCUCCAUGAGCAAGAGGUUGCGGUCCUCUGCCGGUAACUCUGUGCCUCUGCCAAUUACUAAUGAACCAGUUAACGUGACGGUCUGGGCGGAAGAGGCUCGUCAGUUCCAAGCUGCUAUUUCUGGCGCUAAACAAUCCGAUCCAGAGUCACCUGCCAGCCGUGCUGGUAUCAAAAGGCCCAGGGGCAGACCACGCAAAACCCCCAACCUGAUUACUCCUACUCUCUCUCAGCAAGCGUCUGCAGCCUACGCUCUUGCUUCUCCUAAUGAUGGCAAACAACCACUGCAGGGUCCUCUAACGCAAAAUGGUGGUCAGAAUGCGGCAGCAUCUGUCAAUUCUUCCAACGGAACCAGUGUACCGAAAAAGAGACCCCGAGGCAGGCCUCGGAAAAAUCAGACGCAGACCACUGUCACUUCAACGCCAUCUUCUCGUCUGCCGUGUGAAGAGUCGGAAACAUCGCUAGCCGGCCAAACAGAUGAACUCAAUUCCAACCAAACCGAUUGUACUUUACCCAAAAAGAGACCCCGUGGCAGGCCUCGGCAAAAUCAGACGCAGGCCACUGUCGCUUCAACGACUCAAUCUCGUCCGCCGCGUGAACAGUCUGACACAUCGCAGGCAGGCCAACCAGAUGAGCUUAAUACACCACUCACUUCACACCGCAAAAAAAAUAGUAUUUCGGCUCGAGAAUUGGAAUCUCUAAAUUUGACCAAUGCUCCACCCCCUGCCCUCCAUCACACUAGAGUCACACGCACAGUAAUGAGUGGGAAAGAAACUGAUGGUGCUCGCACGCCAAAGGAUACCAGUGGCAGGUUCAGAAAGAAGACUUCUGACCCCACCAGAUGCACAUCUCCUGUGCGGAGACCAAUCCAAAGGCCUCAGACGCCACCUCAGUCUCCCCCACCAUUCGCUGAUAGUGAAUCCGUCUAUUCUGACAGGACUUUGAGACGCUCUGCGAGGAACGUGAACACCAGGCCCCAGAUUCAACCAGUCGCCGCUACUCAGAGUGGCAGCACACAAAGCCAGUCAAGUGCAGAUCCGAACGUUGACGACGGACGAGAUCCAGACUGGGAGCCACCACGGCAAUCAAACAACACAGUCAAUCCACGGCCGGUCGCAACGGUCGAUGAUAAUAUUCCCGACUUCCGUCGCCCAAACACCCCGCCUGCCGAGUUUCGGAAUAUGAAUGAUGAAAGGAAUUACCGCCGCGCCGUCAGAAACGGCACCUUUAAUAUUGCCAGGGGUCCCCCACCGAUCGAGAUCGAACGAUUCAGCCUCGGUGCGUGCGGUGAGCCGGAGUACGUAUGCACAAACUGCCUCGCAAUCUUCUACGAGGGUGAGGUGGACCCUGCUCAGAACCCUUUCUCGAAGUGCUGCGAGCGGGGGAAAGUACCUUACGACAAAGACGCUCCACCGUACCCUGAGGAACUGCUCAUUCUGGUGCGGGAAAAUGUCAAGCACCUGCGGCUCCUCAACAACCGUCUCUCUUUGGCAGCGUACAAGGCCAAGCGAGUUCACCUGGAUGGCUUUCCUUGGAUCUAUAAGACUUACGGCCAGAGCCGCAUGACGCUUGACAACGCAGAUCCCCUCCCGAAUCCGGCCGAGGCCAACUUUGAGCCAAACAGACCGGGUCCAAACGACCGGAGGCAACUGAACGACGUUCACCUGAGAUCGAACGCUCAGCUGGUGGCCAUCGUCGACCCAGCCACCGCCACGGAGGCCAUCGUCAACGCUCCCGGUGGUGACAAACUUAAACCAGAGGUUGUGGAAGCGUUUCUUACCUGGCUCCAAGAGAACAAUCCGCUCUAUAGAAUGUACACAAACAUGGAGACGCUACUCAACGAGCAACUCGCUGCCGGCGAGGAGGGCAGGGUCACUUUGGUCUUCAAGGAGCCGGGCAAGGACAAUGUAACGCUCAAGCAGCACACCCACGCGGUGCCCAGGCACGAAUCCGAGGUGGCAGUGCUCUACGAUGUUGUUGGCGAGCCUGCGACUCCUGGCAUUUACGUGCACCAGCACGGGGCCAACUUUGAGGUGCUCCCGACCCACCCUCUACGCGACGCCUUUGCCUACCCGCUGAUUAACCCUCGUGGAACCUUUGGAUGGCACCCCAACAUCAAACAUCAGGGCCCCAACGCAACCAACAUCCGAAACCGCGUGACCAUGAGGCAAUAUUACAGACAGCGACUGAUGCGUCGCGAUCCGCUCCAGCCAGAGUUGGCCAGCGGUGGCCUAACGCAGCAAGCAAUCAUCGAGUUCUGGCUCAAAAUUGAAGACUCGGAUCUGCAUUAUUUAAGAUCACAAAUGCCACAAGACCUAAUGAUUUCCAGCCGAGGCCACAUGCUGGCCCUUUUAGAACGCACCGUGCAGAGGCAGCGCGAUCAGGGUGUCCGAUGCGAGGCUGGAAGGAGCUUCGUCCUUCCCACGAGCUUCAGAGGUGGUGACAUCGAGAUGCAGCGUCUCUACCGGCACUGCAUCGCCAGCAUUAGGAAGACCGGGGCGCCAAACUUCUUUUGGACGAUGACUGCAGACCCAAAGCACCGCGACGUCCUCAACCAUCCAUCCUACCGGCCUAACGACGACAGCCUAAACGCAGAUCUCGUUUGUAGGGUGUUCUACAUGCAAGUUCGGGAUUUUCAAGAUCAACUUUUUAACAAAAAAGUAUGGGGAACCGUCAAGAAUUACGUCCAGGUGACGGAGUUUCUAAAGCGUGGAUUGCCUCACAUCCAUUGUGUCAUUACCACAGACCGAAAGAUCCUAACACCAGACGAUGUUGACGAAUUUGUCACGUGUGAAUUGGCCGACCCCAAUGUGCACCCCGAUUUCCACCGCGUCCAGGUCAAACACAACAUCCAUAGGCUCUGCGGACCACAAUGUAAGAACAAAAAGGGUGUUUGCAAGCGCGGCUACCGAAAACGUUUUCGCGAUGCCACCACCUUGGACGAUGGAAAGGGUUUCGUUGAGCCGCGGCGCCGAGACCUUGGAUUUUUUGUGGUCAUCCUCAAUUUCACUUACACGAACCAAGACACGGUUGGCACCAACAUCUACUUUGCCGUUCGCUACGAGAUCCACUCCAACCUAAACAUUUUUGUGAACAUUCGACAAGCCAAGUACGUCUUCAAAUAUGUGACGAAGGGUGUGGAUAAGGCCACCGUGGAGGUCACAUACCAAAAAUACGGUCACAGAAUCAGGAACCCUGACAAUCCAAACGCGACCGAUCGAGUCUUCCUUUCAAUGAGGAUGACUGGCAACCCUGAGACCGGUGAAAACGUACAGAUCCUCAUUGAUGAGCUUAAAAUGCACCAGGAGACGCGUUACAUGACGGUCAUGCAGGCCAUCUGGCGCAUCUUUGCGUUUGAGAUGCAGAAGAGUUUCUUUGCCGUUGUGGAGCUCAACGUUCACUUGCCCGAGGACACGCCCAUCGUGUUCAGGGCCGGCACUGAACUGAACGCUGCCUCCCGUCCACUGAAACACACGCCGUUCCUGGCAUACUUUGACCUAAACGCGCAGACUGUUGACCCGGUCGAGGUCGCUUGGCUCACAACCAUCAAAUUUGAGGAAGUCCCGGAAAGGUACAGGUUUGACGACAAAGCCCACAAGUGGAUUCUUAGGGAGGUGACUACAAAACCAGUGAUCGGAUCGAUCUACACAGUCUCCCCCAAGAACAGGGAGAGAUUCUACCUGCGCGCCCUCGUCAUGGCCCGCUGUGCACCCAGAAGCUACGCGGAUCUGCGAACGGUCGACGGCGUCCUCUACGACACCUUCAGGGAGGCGGCCGUCGCUCUCGGACUGGUCAGAGACGACGCCGAGUACCAGAGGUGUCUCGAUGAGGCCACCCUCGGCUCCACUCCUUUCAGCAUGCGCCUUCUCUUUUUGAUGAUCCUCUUGCACUGUGCACCCACCGAUCCCAAGGCUCUGUUUGAGCAGUUCUGGCGCUCCAUGGCCGGCGAGUUCGAGAGACGCGGGCUGCAAGCGGAGGACGUUCGCAAUCGACUCCUGCGUUACUUUGCCCGCAAACUCAAACUCAACAACGCGCAGCUGGACGUCUCUCUCUUCCAGGGCGUGGAUCUGGAAGGAGACGCCGACGUCCUCGAGUUUGACGAGGCCGCUCAGGCAGAUGCUCUUCCCACAGACGCAGAGCUCAUCGCUACCACCAGCCUGCUCAACGAACAGCAGAGCCGCGUCGUGCAGACUCUCGUCAGGGCGGUGGACGUCUACAAAAGCGGCGUGGGCCGCGUCGACAGUCUCUACUUUGUUGAGGGACCGGCCGGAACCGGCAAGACCUUCACGUACAAGGUGUUGUACGAUACUCUGGUGAAGUCUGGAAAAAAAGUUCUCUGUAUGUCCUUUACGGGGGUCGCGGCGUCUCUGUUGCCCUGCGGGCGAACCUUGCACUCUGCACUGGGACUGCCAGUGCCGCUCGACGCCAAGUCUGAAAGUCGCCUCGAGCCGCACAUGGACUCGUACAAGGCCCUCAAGGACGCUGACUUGCUCAUCAUUGAUGAGGUUUCGAUGGGACCGGUGCACGCAUACAACAUCGCCAACAAGUUGGUCAGGCGUGCCAAGAAUUGUAAAGAGUUCGAUGACCCAGAGUUUGGCGGCGUGCCGGUUCUUUUCGGCGGGGAUUUUAGGCAGCUCGCUCCCAUCUGCGGCGACAACGAGACCGAGCGCGAAAUUCACUUUCGCUACUCGCGUCUCUUUGAAAAAUGCACAGUUAUCAGCUUGGAGAAAAAUAUGCGCGCCAAUCCGCAAGAACUUGAGUUCGCCAAGCUGUUGCGGUCGAUCGGUGAAGGCACAGCCCCAACGCACCCCUCUCUGCCUCCCAAUUCUUUCAUUGUUCCCAGAGAAUGGGUCAUCGAGUCUUCCAAGCUGGAAGAUUUGCUCCAGUGGACGUUCGGCGAGGAUCCGGCGACCUCCGGCAAAGAGGCAUGCGUGCUUACCCACCUCAACGACAACUGCCGGCUCGUAAACUCCAUGGUCCUCCAACAGCUUCCCGGCGACGUGACCCACCUUCUCAGUGACGACAGCAUCGAAGAUGACGACCCGGACGACCCCAUUCUGAACGGUGACUACGGCAACGGCCGGAUGCCGGUGCUCCUAGAAGAGCUCAAUGACCACACCGACAACUCCAUCCCUGACCACAGCAUUCCAAUGAAAAAGGGUGCGGUCAUCAUCCUCAUGAGGAAUAUUGACGUCAGCUCGGGACUGGUCAACGGCACGCGGAUUAGUGUCUCCGACUUCUCCCGGACCCGCAUCCGCGGCACUGUGCUCAGCGGCAGCGAUAACAUCAAGGGCCGCGUUGUCGACGUCACCCGCAUUGACUUCUUCUGCGACGUCGGCGCCCUUCACCGCAUGAAGCGAGCCCAAUUCCCGAUCAAAUUGGCUUUCGCGAUGACCAUCAACAAAGCGCAGGGACUCACUUUGAAACGGGUCGGGUUGUACCUUCCCAAUUACUUGGAGGAGCACGGCAAACCAUACGUCGGCCUCUCGCGAGUAAAGAGCCCCGACGACAUCAAACUUCUCAUCCUGAAAGACACUCGUCAGGGCUACUGCCGCGAGAUCGGCCAGUGGUUCACUCACAAUCCCGUCCGGCGUGAACUCUGGGAUCUGCACAUGGAACGGCGACCCCCGGCUCCCCAACAGCCGCAGCCCCCGGCACCGGCCCUCAACAUUUACCAGAGGAUCCACCAGCUCGUCGGGCAGGAUCACGACGGUCAUGAAGACGAGGACAACAUUGUCGAGGAUGACUGUGGCGUGUCGCAGAUUAUCGCACCCUCGCCCAUCCCGAGCCCUCCUCGCACUCCCGAAGUGCAGCAACAAGAAGCUCCAUCGCCGCAGUUGUUUUGCACCCCUCAGUCGUCCCCCACCGUCCCACUUGAGGGUGUCGGUCAGAUGGUUACCUGCGCGAAAGCGAUCAGAAUCAACCAACUUUCUGCGGCAGACCUCCGUCGCAUGCAGGUCGUCUCGCACGCGUCCAGACCAACAAAGACGCUCGAUCGUUCGGCCAUGAUUGAGGUCGCCAGGGCCACGAGGAAAUUCCCGCACGAUCGACGAACCCUUUUGAGCGCCACUGCCAGAAGAGACGAGCAGCCUCAGGACUCUCCUCCGCUCGCGUCGCCGGACGGUUCCCCCGUGGUCACACAUCCCGAACCUCUCGACCUCGAAAUCCAGCCCGACAUCGACUUCCUGCGCAAGAAGGUUCACGACCGCAGGCUGAGCAGAAGCGAACCCACCGCCAGUCCCCAGGUGGUGCCCCUUAGCCAGGACUCUUCUUUCUCCGUGCCGGCAAUCGUGGACUCGGACAUGACGAAACGCACAUUCCAAUCUGACGAACUCUGCGCCAACGAGAACUGCGAGUUCUGCGUUCGCCUCAGAAAGCAGGGCAUCACAGAGUGCCCGUCCUACAUGGUCCUUGACCCCGAGAUGGAGAGCGCCCUCACCGACCUCGGGCUGUUUCAGGACCCUGACCCGAACGACGUCUACGACGAUCCGUACGACAUUGUUGACGUCUUGACCGGACACGACCUUUGAGCGAAAAACGCAUGUGUGAACAGUUUGAGUGCCAUGAGAAACUAUCGAAAAACCUGACAUUGCUGGAAUUCUGAGCAUUCUGCACGUACUGCGUCUCGCGGUGGUCACGUUGCGCGGCGGUUGAUCACUGUAAUUUCAAAUUCCUUUGCCACUCGGCAUUUCAAUUGAUAUUACCGGUGAGCCUCCGCUGCUCUCGUCCCAUUCCCGAGCGAGAUUGCGGUACACACGCACGGCUGAUCCUCCGCGAGUCUCGCCAACUCGAAAUUUUGUGUUUGCUCGAACACUGGAUCACGCCGAAACCCCGUCCAGGCAUGAUGGUGGUAGCCAUUUGGUUUCUGCACGUUUUUCACUUAGAGCAAUUCUAUUUGAAUAAUUAGCGGCCGCCAUUUAGAGCUACCAUCGAGCUGGUCAUGCCUGAGAAGCGACCGUGCAGACAUUACCUCCCACAAACCACCCAAUACGUGUCGUCUCUGACCUCAUGCCCAGCAAUAUUUGAAAUACAAUACUCUUCCUCGAUUGCCUGUGCUGCUCUCGCAUUGCUCAAUAUUUAACCACUCGCAUGAUAGAUAUUCAAAAAUAGUCCGCUCUAUGUUCCUCUUGCCACCGCCAAAACACUGCCCUGAUCUGUACUUACAAAAACUCGUCAAAGCCACAUUUGCACUGCACUGUACCUAAAAUGUACAACUACUGUCGCCUGCCAUUGCUCUAUUGUAAUUUUUGCCAAUGAAUGUAAAUCGCCUGAAUUAACACUAUUGAACUCGUAUGACAACGUAUAAAAAGUGAUUAAUAUGUAAUUGCGUGUGCUUCCUGACUGACAGCUGCAGGGUUUUCAGGGGUGGUUUUCCCCUGCAGUUUUGUUCGAGGUUUAGUCAAUUGCUUGCCCACCCCGCCAAUUCGUUACAGGCUUGCGAGCUCCCUCGCUGAAGCACUUCACACUUUACUCUUUAUUGCUGCAUAAUCCAUUGUUCUAACCAACUCACGACAUAUUUCUGUAUAAAACCAACAAUUCCUAUGAGUUCAAUGACCUUCAUCACACAAUUUCAGACUGCAAUACUUUAUUUCACGAUUGAAAUUGUAAUUUUACAUUAAUUCCGCCACCAUACUUCUGCUUUAAUUCAUUGAUAUUUGAUGACGAACUUGAUAUAAGAUGUGAAAUGGUACCAAAAAUGAUUAACAAUUGCAUUCAUAACAUUCUACAAUGUAUCUGUCGCCGACCUGAUUUGAUUUCACAAAUGUAUUUGAACUGAAUUGUAUUGUGUAAUAUUACUACGUAACAUAUUCGCCAUUGAUCUUAUGUAAACAAGACUACUUAUGGAAUAUAUCUUAAUUUCGUGUGAAAACUACUUUUUCACCAAAGCAUUUAAUUGAAAAGACAAAACAAAUGCAUUUUAAAUGUUUUUGUGUUUUCAAUAAUUGCUACUGCCUCUGAUCUUAUGUAAACAUGACGUAUGAAAAAAAAUAUUCAAAGAUAAACUAUCAAUUAAAAAUUCAUAUCUUUCAACUCAAAAUCCUUUGUUUCAAUUCAACAAUCAUCAUAUAAAAAAAAAAAAAAUGUUAACAACAAUUCAAUUCAACAAUCAUGAUAAACAGCUUUUUAUAAUGUAUGAAAAAAAAAUAAAUAAAUUACUGUUCAACAAUCAUCAUAUAUAGCAAUUAAAAAAUAACAACACAUAAAUUACCAUCAUUUCAAUUCAUACGAUUCUACACCAUCAUGCCUAAGGAUUCAUGGAGUUUAAAACCAAUUCAGUUCGUCUCCCCUGGAUUCCUCACGCAGCCCAACUACUUCCACCCUUCAACUUAUAGCCUACAGGGUGUUCCAAAUUGAUUCUUUACGCUGAUUUUUAUCUUUUUCUCGUUUUUCUCGUUUUAAACAUUAUUUUUCACAUUCUCUCCAAUUAAGUUUUGAUUAAAAAGAAAUUAACUUUAUACAGUCCCACAACAACAUUCCGAAAAUGCUUGCGUUUAACGCAAGCGCUUUAGCGCUUGUUUAAAAAUAAAGAAAAAUUGUUUUAAAAAUUUCUAGUAGGAAAGAAACAAUUGAUAAAAAAAUAGACAUUUAUGACAAACAAAUAGCGUUUUUCUACUUCUGAUUGAUGCAAGAUUUAUAAUUAACUUUCAGGAAGAAUUUAAAUAAAAUUUGUUGCAAAUGAUAUUAAGAAAAAAAAACUAAUGAAAUAGACCGAAUAAUUUAUUCCUCGUAUCAAAUUUUCUCUUCCAGAACAUUUAUAUAUCUUUUUGGUGGAUAAAUUUUUUCGGACUCGUUUGUAUUGAUUUUGGAUUGGACAGCGACACAACUGUGCAAUUUCACACCCAAUAAUAUCAAAAGAAUAUAAAUACUCCCAGCGCGAGCAUAAAAUUGUCACGUUGGAAAAUGAAAUCCUUUCGGCUGCGUGAACAAUAAAUCGGCCGGGGGGGCUUGGACGUCGUUUUUGCAGUUUGAAAAAGCGGCGGCCGGGAAUCAAAAAUGAAUAAUGGCGCGUCCGGAGCGCGUUAAUGCGAAAAAAUGAAGCUCUGCAGCCGAGUGCCCACUCACUUUGGCGGUGAAAUAUCGCCAUCAUUACCAAUAAAACGUGCUGCGAGAGCCACUCCUCGACAGCAACACGGCGCAAUAUAACACCGACCAACCACCACAUGUAUUGCAAUACACUCGCAUAAAUCCACGCGUGUAACAUCAUAAUAUCGGCGGGCGUUAUUAAAUAAUAAUGGUCUGAUUGCAACACUCGCUCCAUCAUUGGCAAUUAAGCACGCACAACACGCCAUUCAGAGGAGACGCCACUCUUCAGUGCGACGAUUUGCUAAUGGCUUUUCAGACUGCAGGAAAUGGCAUCGCCGAACGAUUCAACACGCAAAUCGCUAAAAAAAAUACAUGAGCAAAUUGGCGACUUUUAUUCAAAGACCUCAUCUCUCUCUACACCUAUUGUCUUUUCGCAGUUGACGUCGUGCAAAUAAAAGUGCCGAUGUGAAUAAACAACAAGUCGUCACUGAUUUAAUAUGCCGAUUGUGACACGAAUGACAUUUUGGAUAUUUGGCUUCGUGGAAAUGGUGCUUGUUGGCAUUACAUAAGGUGUAAUAAAAAUAGGGAAUCGAUUAACGGGUGUUUCUAGUUCUUGGAAUAACUAUGCAAAUUUGCCUACCGCAUUUUAAUUCAAUAUUACAAGGGAAAAAAUCUUAUUUAAAAACGUAUUUUGCAGAAGUAUCACAAUGUACAAUUUAAAACACACUCACUUAUCAUUUUUAUAAAAUAAAAAUUUUACAUACAGUUCUAGAUAAAUAUACAUCAGUUCAUGUGCAUAAUUAAAAAUUCUAUUAGAUCAACAAUUUAUGCCCUCAUACCAUGGAGAUCUACUAACGUUGUCUAAAUUCUCUAAAAUAAGCUAAUUUUAAACGAUGAAACGUUCUCAAUUGUUUCCAUAAAUCUGGAUUAAGCUUUAAUUUGAUUGAUUCAAAUGAAAUUGUUAAUUUAAUU